AUGGCCGAGGCCGCGGAGCUGGAGGGGGCCUCCCCAGGUCCCCAGGGGCCGCCUGAGGGCCCCGCGCCUCGGGCGGAGAACCCUGGCGAGCUGGGGGCCGCGGGCCAGGAGGCGGAGCGGGAGGAGGCCAGCGAGGGCGCCGCGGAGGCGCCGAGGAGCGAGGGGGCGGGCGCAGCCGCGACGGCCGCGGUGAACCGGGCAGAAGGCACCGAUCCCGACGGAGGGUGCGCGGGCGAGCGGGAGCCGGGCGCGGACAGUGGCCCGGGGGCCGAGACGCAAGGCGCGAGGGCAGCGCAGGGCGAGGCGGAGGCCGAGGAGGGCGCCCCCGGGUGCGCCGAGGUCCCCCAGGGAGAGGAGGCGAGCGGCGCCGAACAGGUGGAGGAGGCGAGCCCCGGCUGCGGCACGCAGGGCGAGGCCUCGAGGGAGGUUCAGGGGGAGCCCGGGGAGCCCGAGGCCCCCGGGGAGAAGGAGAAAGCGGAGCAAGGGCCGGAGGAACCCGGAGGCGGCACGCCGGGGGCCAGCAUGGAAGGCGCGGGGCAGGCGGGAGGGGCGCACGGGGCCGAGGGUGACCCCCGGGACGGAGGGGACCCCAGCCCCCAGCUCCAGGCCGAGGCCACGGAGGCCGCAGCGGCGGAGAUUGGGGGGUGCGGCCCCGGGGAGCUUGCAGGGGAGCCUCGGGGUGCAGCGGCGGGCGCCGCCGCCGACGAGGCGGGGGCCCCGGGGACAGAAGAGUCGGAGGAAGUGGCCCCGGGGGACGCGAGGGCGGCAGCUGUCGAGGACGGGGACCAGGGUGGACCCCAGGAGGAGAUGGAGGAGGCAGAGGGGGAGAGGCAAGAGCGCGGCCCGGAGGGGCCAGGCGAGCAGGCCGCAGCCGGGGGCGAGGAGGAGCCCCCAGACAGCAGCGGCGCGCCGGCGGAGGCGGCCGCGCCAAGCGGGGCCGCGGGGCCGGAGGCCGAACUCAGCAACCACCUGGCGGAGGAGGGCAGCGUCGAGGGCGGGGACGAGACCGCGCGGGUGAACGGCCGCCGGGAGGACGGCGAGGCGUCGGAGGAGGGGGCCCCGCGGCAGGAGCACGACAUCACCCUCUUCGUGAAGGCUGGUUAUGAUGGUGAGAGUAUUGGGAAUUGCCCGUUUUCCCAGCGCCUCUUUAUGAUUCUCUGGCUAAAGGGCGUUAUAUUUAAUGUGACAACAGUGGACCUGAAGAGGAAACCCGCAGACCUGCAAAAUCUGGCUCCUGGAACAAACCCUCCCUUUAUGACUUUUGAUGGUGAAGUCAAGACGGAUGUGAAUAAGAUCGAGGAGUUCUUAGAGGAGAAACUGGCUCCCCCGAGGUACCCUAAGCUGGGGACCCAACACCCUGACUCUAACUUUGCCGGAAAUGAUGUGUUUGCCAAAUUCUCCGCAUUUAUAAAAAACACCAAGAAGGAUGCAAAUGAGAUUUAUGAAAAGAACCUGUUGAAGGCCCUGAAGAAGCUGGAUAAUUACUUAAAUAGCCCUUUGCCUGAUGAAAUCGAUGCUUACAGCACUGAGGACGUCGCUGUUUCUGGAAGGAAGUUCCUGGAUGGGGAUGAGCUCACGUUAGCCGACUGUAACCUCUUACCCAAGCUUCACAUUAUAAAGAUCGUGGCCAAGAGAUACAGAGAUUUUGAAUUUCCUUCUGAAAUGACUGGCAUCUGGAGAUACUUGAACAAUGCUUAUGCUAGGGAUGAGUUCACGAAUACAUGUCCAGCUGACCAGGAGAUUGAACAUGCAUAUUCAGAUGUUGCAAAAAGAAUGAAGUGAAGCCAGAGUGUUUUCAGUCUUAUUUCUCGGCUGUAUGAACUAGGCUAUGAUGAGAGUGUGUUCUUUGUGAGUGUGUACUUUGUAUUCCUUCCAAAAACCAUAAUGCCCAUAUUUUAAUAAUACUGUAUCAUAGUGAGAGCCACUGAACACCAAAUGGUACAUGGCCUUGUGAUUUGUCAACUCACUUGUAUAACUGAAUAAUACCAAUAUCUAUUGUGACAUCCACCACUUGUCCAAUUGACUUCUUAAUUUACUUCUUUGGCAUUCACGGACCCUGUAAACCAUGAUAUUAGGACAUGUGCUUUGCAGUUUAAGUUUCAAGACAAAUUAGAUUUGAGUUCAAUUCCUCCUUCAAUUAAAAAAAAUUCAUCUGUCUCUGAUAGUUUUCAUAAUCAUCAUAUACAGCUUAUUUUUCUCCUCUAAAAUAGUUUUUUUUUACAGAACUAAAAUACUGUUUUUAUAGUCACAAGAUGAUUACAUGCCUAUUUUAAUAUUUUAAAACAAUGUGAGAGACUAUAAGGAAGAAAAAAAAACCACUACCUAAAAUUUCACUCCACCUAGAUAAUUGCCGGUAACUUAUUGGUGAACAUCUUCUCCUUCCUUAGUCUCUCACAGACGUUCACAUUGCACACAUCUCCAUUCCUAUGAAAUCAGUGAGGGGGCCUGUGGGUGAAGCCUUGA